UACGUAGCAUGAAAGACGGUCGGGCCAAGUAAUAACCCGACCCCUGACGGCCCGUUGGCCAUUGGAUUCAAUGUUCAGGCGUGGCAGCUAAAGCAAUUAUCGCUUGCGACAAGUUGUCCAGAAGGUCUCCCGAGCUUUCGACCAACUUCAUAUCCUCCGACUGCGCACAACAACACAACAUGAAGUUGACAUUAUUUUCGGCUGGGCUAUUCGCCUGCCUUUUCUCUCUGGUCUCAGCAACCGCUUUAACUUAUAAAAUUGGUGCUAACGAGCAGGCUUGCUUUUACGCAGCAGCUGAAAAGAAGGGCUCCAAGAUUGCCUUCUACUUCGCUGUCCAAUCUGGAGGCUCGUUCGAUAUUAACUAUAAAGUAACUGGUCCCGGAGGCAAGGUCAUUUUGGAUGGAGAGAAGGAGCGUCAGGGCGAUUUCGUCUUCACGGCCAAUGAGGUUGGCGAGUAUAAGUUCUGCUUCGAUAAUGAUAUGAGCACAUAUUCGGAGAAGUUUGUUGAUUUCGAGAUCUCUGUUGAGGACGAAGUACGGGCUCAGCUUCCCUCUAAGCAAGGAUCGACUCCAGAACAGACAACAGCCCUCGAAGAAUCCAUAUACAAAGUGUCAGGUCAACUGUCCACAAUUGCGCGAAACCAAAAGUACUUCCGCACUCGAGAAAACCGAAACUUUAGCACCGUCCGAAGCACGGAGUCACGAAUCGUCAACUUCAGCUUGAUCCAGUGUCUAAUGGUUGUCUGCAUGGGUGCCUUGCAGGUCUUUGUCGUCCGAUUCUUCUUCCAGGGCGCACGGAAGGGUUACGUGUAAAUGAAGAACUUGAAGCAUUAAGAUUAAGACUGGUUUUGCGGCGUAUUGGAACACCGGUUGGCAUUGGCACCUCAUGCGUUAUGUAUCAUAGUCAAAAUGGAGUGAGAAUUGUCGGCAUAAUCGGAUGAGAAGUCUUUUGGUCAAGAUAGGGGAAUGACAGAUAUUCUAGAGUUCGAAAUACGUGUUACAGUGA